AUUUGGGCUGGGCAACAGUUGGUCCAACUGAAUCAUGACUCAUGACGCAUGAGUGCUAGACUCAUUUCCAUUUUCCGCUUGUAUUUCACCUCUCGCUCUCAGUCUCUCAGUAAACCCUAGCUAAAUCACAGGAAACCCAAAUCAGAACCGGAGAGGGAGGACGAAAAGGUACAGAAAUGGCUAGGACUGCGACCCGUGCGAUCUCGUUUUUGUCGUCAACUCCGUCGAGAGGUUUGUCAACGGCAAUGGCGACAGUCACCGCGAGCAAGGACAAGGAGAGCUCUCUGUACCGUCGAUUGUCCGCUCUGGGUGGCAGCGAAGCUAGUGUGGUCGAUACUCUGAACGAAUGGGUGAAAGAGGGGAAGUCUGUUAAGAGGGUCGAGAUCAUCGGUUACGUCAAUCAGCUCCGCAAGUACAAGAAGUACAAACACGCUCUCCAGCUACUGAAAUGGAUGGAGAAAAGGGGCAGGGAUUUGACCCAUGGUGACCAGGCCAUACGUUUAGAUCUUCUGUCAAAAGUUGAGGGGAUAGCUUCAGCAGAGAAGUACUUUGACAGUCUCAAGGAGUCUGCAAAGAACAAGCUAACCUAUGGAGCACUACUAAAUUGUUAUUGCAAGGAGAAAAUGGUAGAUAAAGCAAUGUCUCUCUUUGAGAAGAUGAAGAAACUGAGCGUUGCUUCUACUUCUUUAGCCUAUAACAAUCUAAUGGCCCUAAACAUGAGGAUGAGCUAUCCUAAGAAGGUUGCUCCAUUGGUAGAAGAAAUGAAGAAGAAUCAAAUAGUGCCUGAUAUUGUUACUUAUAACUUAUUGAUGAAUAGCUAUGCCUAUUUGCACAACAUCAAAGGAGUUGAGAGGGUUGUGGAGGAAAUGAAUACAAAUGGCAUAAGAUUUGACUGGGCCACGCAUGCCAACUUGGCUACCAUUUAUGUCAAAGCAGGACUUUUUGACAAGGCAAAAUCAGCUCUUGAAGAGCUUGAGAAAGUGGCCAACCUUCAUGAUCGGGAGGCUUUUCAUGUUCUCAUUUGCUUAUAUGCACGUAUGUCUAACUUGGAAGGUGUUAAUCGGGUUUGGCAGUCUUUGAAAUCAGCCUUUCCAAAGGUUACCAAUGCUAGUUAUCUCGUCAUGCUUAAGGCUCUAUGCACAAUGGGUUAUAGAGAUACUGCAAAUGAGUGUUUUAAGGAAUGGGAAUCGGUUUGCUCGACCUAUGACAUCAGGUUGGCAAACAUCCUUAUUGAUUCUUACCUCAGUCAAUUCAUGAUCAAAGAAGCUGAGCUGCUUUGUGAAAGUGCAGUGCAAAAGGGUGCCAAACCUAACUUUAGAACACUAGAGAUGUUCAUGAACUACCACUUGAUGAAACAGCAAAUGGAUUUGGCUUUGGAUUAUUUGAAAACUGCUGCUUCUAAAGCAAAAGUUGAACGAAAUAAGUGGCAGCCAAGCCAAGAAACGGUAAGUGUGUUCCUGAAGUACUUUGAGAGCAAAAAUGAUGUUGGUGGUGCAGAGGAGUUAUGUGAUAGCUUGAAAAAGUUACGAUGUCUCAAUUCUGAAGCCUAUAGUUCCCUGCUUCGUACAUAUAUUGCUAUUGGCAAAACAGAUCCUGAGAUGCGAAAGAGGAUGUCAGCUGAUGGGAUUGAGAUGAAUUCUGACAUCAAUAAGUUACUUGAAAAGGUCUGCCCAAAGUAGGGAAUUGGUGCCAGCUUAAGUAACUGGUAUUAUGGAAAUGGUUGUCUGAACAUUAGGAUUAAUGAAGUCCUGCAAGGAACAGGUGGAAUUUGAGAGUCUUACAGUCGGACCAACACACUGUGCAAACCUACACUUGAUGUUUGGUUGUACUUUGAUCAAGAUUAGAAAUAGCCCGACACAGUAAACUGUGUUAGUUUCUGUUAGGCAACUCAGCCAUCUGCAGAAAGGCAUUUAACAAUGGCAGUGGAGUAUCUCCCAUGUAACAGGGAUGAUUUUAAAGUGAAAGUUGCAUCCUUAGACUAUGUAUAAGAAUUUGCUAGUCAGACGUUUUGCUAUUCUUAAAAAAUUUUGCAGGGCAUGCACGUCUUCUUUCUUAAUAACAAUGAACUGUAGAAACAGUUUUCUAUUGAUUUUAUAUGUAGUAGUUGACUUUUUUUUCUUUCUUCCUGCUUUUUUUUUUUUUUACUUUGCUUCCUGUAGUUGUGCAACUCAUUAGUGCUGCUGAACUGAAAUAUCAAUUUGUAUUUUUUAAGAA